AUGGGAUACUGGAUUUUGAAAGAAAAACUCUCAGUGCUGUUAUUACUGGUGUGGCUGGGACUGAAUUUCUAUUUGUUUAUUGAUACCUUCCACUGGUAUGAAGAUGAAGAUGCUUACAUUUAUACACGGAUUAUGCUGGGAUCAACCCUGGCUUGGGCAAGAGCUUCUGCAACAUGCCUUAAUUUUAACUGCAUGCUAAUCCUGUUACCAGUCAGUAGAAACCUUAUUUCAUUCUUAAGAGGAGCAAGCAUUUGCUGUGGAGGGGCACUGAGGAGACAGCUUGACAAAAACAUCGCAUUUCACAAGAUGGUUGCCUAUGGAAUUGCUGUAAAUGCAACCAUCCAUAUUGUUGCCCACUUGAUCAACAUCGAGCGGUAUCAUACCAGUCAGUCGAAGGAAGCCGGGGAGUUACGGAAUAAACUUUCUGGCCUUGGCAAGAGCCCCAACGAAAGCUACUUGAACCCAAUCAGGACCUAUGAAACAAGCACAACAGGAGAGGUACUAAGCACCAUAGCUGGAGUAACUGGAGUUGUGAUAACUGUGGCUUUAAUUCUGAUCAUGACUUCAUCCACCGAGCUCAUCAGAAAGGCAUGCUAUGAGGUGUUCUGGUACACCCAUCACCUCUUUGUGGUCUUCUUUAUUGGACUAAUAAUCCAUGGUAUGGGUCAGCUUGUCCGAGGUCAGACACCUCAGAGUCUGCUGCUUCACAAUGCCACUUACUGCAAGGAUCACUACUUGGAAUGGGAGAAUGCCACUCAGUGCCCUUUGCCGCAGUUUUCUGGCAACAAACCUGUGGCUUGGAAGUGGGUUUUAAGCCCUACAGUGUUGUACAUCUGUGAAAGAACUGUUAGAUUUUGGAGAUUUCAACAGGAGGUGGUCAUUACUAAGGUGGUGGCACAUUCCUCUGGAGUCCUUGAGCUUCACAUGAAGAAACGUGGCUUUAAAAUGGGACCUGGUCAAUAUAUCUUUCUACAGUGCCCAUCUAUCUCACAGCUGGAGUGGCAUCCUUUCACCCUCACCUCAGCUCCCGAGGAGGACUUCUUCAGCGUUCACAUACGGGUCGUCGGGGAUUGGACUGCAGCCCUCUUCAAGGCCUUUGGAGCAGAGGAAAAAGCUUUCAAGGAACUGUGGAUGUUACCAAGACUGGCUGUGGAUGGUCCAUACGGAUCUACUCCAUUUGCCUCUAUUUUAAAAUCCAUUUGGUACAAAUGCUGCAACUCUAACACGGCACUGGUGCUGCAGAAGGUUUAUUUUUACUGGAUUUGUCGAGACCCAUCAGCAUUUGAGUGGUUUGCUGAUCUUCUGUUCCAUUUGGAAACAAAAAUGGCUGAAAAGGGGAAAAAUGAUUUUCUCAGUUAUCAUACAUUUCUUACUGGCUGGGAUGAAAGUCAGGCUACUCACAUAGCUCUACAUUAUGAUGACAAGAUGGACGUAAUUACUGGUUUGAGACAAAAGACCUCCUAUGGAAGGCCAAACUGGGACAAUGAGUUCAAGCAACUAGCUGAAAACCAUCCUAGCAGCAGUAUUGGAGUAUUCUUCUGUGGACCCAAGACUCUCUCUAAGAGCCUUCAAAAGACAUGCGACUCAUAUUCAUCAGUUGAUCCAAGAGGAGUUCAGUUUCACUAUCACAAAGAAAGUUCCUAG